AUGGCGAAUGUCACAGAAAGAGCUGGCGUUGUAAGAGAUGAACAGACCGGAGAAUUGAUACUCCCAGCCACACAGAGACCAGAUGGAUCAUGGAGAAAACCCAGAAGGGUUAAAGAUGGCUACAUUCCUCAGGAGGAAGUUCCAGCAUAUGAAACAAAAGGAACACAGUGGGUUAAAAGCAAACCAGACUAUCCCAUUGGCCUUAACCCAGAGGAUGUUCAGAAAAUGAAACAGGCAAAGAGUACAUCCCCAGUGGAGACUACAGCUUCGCUGUCCAAGGCUGCCAAGAAGAAUGCCAAGCGCAAAGAAAAGAAAAAGCAGCACAACACAAAUGAAGGAUCUAAUAUUGACAUUGACAUAGCAACACAAGCUGUAUCCAGUGUGAAGAUUUCAGAGACAGCCGACACAGCAACCGAGUCUAAAUCCACACAAGAGGAAAUUAUGAAAAAAAUUAAGGGCCUGAAGAAAAAAUUACGCCAGAUUGAGGAUUUAGAAGCUAAAAUUAAUUCAGGAGAACUUAAGAAUCCAGAGAAAGAACAGCUGGAGAAAGUUAAAAAGAAGCAGAACAUCGUUGAUGAAAUUGAAGACUUGGAGCUGGAUCUUUCUGAUUGA